AUGGUUUAUGGGAUAUCAUACGAAAAAACAUCUGGCGAAAAGAACUUCGUAAACUUGGGGUGAGAAAUGGAUUUUAUAAUCACGUAGAAUAUAUUUGUUGUAAUAAAGUUCUGGCGACAGUAGCAGCACAUUCAAUAAACAGCUAUUUUCAGGCCGGCAAGAUUCGCAAACGAGAGGACAGAGAGGCAGAGAAUAAGUGUUCCCUCAAUUGGUGACGACCCCAGAACAGAGACAAAUAGCCAACCGUGUCUGUCUAAUCCUGGCGACCAGGAGCUAGAUCUCUUACCAAGUGACGAACGUUUAUCAAAAAAUCACUGGUGUUUUGUGUGUGGUAUGUGUACCACAGAUGACGAAUAA